AUGACCCCGGCUGCGCAUGACGUCUUCCUCUCCGGCGGCAGCUCAGCUCAGCGGCUGGCUCUGGCAGUACGCCACCCCUCCACCCGGGGUUUCACGGCGGCUGCGGCGGCGACUGCACUGCACAGGAACCCAGCCACCAGGAAUGCCAGCACAAGGACUUGCCUCCCACCUAGCAGUAACGUGGAUGCCAUGCUCUUUUGGGUGUACAAAGCUUGCAUACCACUUCUGCAUUUCAAGAAGGCUGCCGCGUACCUCAAGGGCGCGUUCAAUUGUUUGCUGGACGGUUGGUGUAUAAUGACUAGGGUCCUUUUGGAUUCUCAGACAGGACAAGUGUUGCAUCGUUGUAGCCUUUUUUACACAACUCAGGACCUCAACAACCAUGCAAGAUCAGUUUCAGCAUAA